AUGGUGACGUCUCUCGAUGCCUAUUUGAUAUUUAGAUACAAAGAACAGUUGUCAUGGAAACAAAUAUAUCGUGUAACAUUGCUCACCUUCCUUCCUUUCUCAUCAACAGUUCAUUUCACCCGUGCACCAUUCACUUCUGACCUUCCGGACUGGUGCACAGGGCAAUCGCUGUUUGACAAUUACCGUUACCCUACUACCUGGCUGGGCAUGGUUUCGCUUAGAUAUUUAAGAGCAAAAAGAGAAGAAAAAAUUGCAAAGAUUUCCAAGAUACAUCGUACCUGGGAAUUACGGGGUGUGAAUCUUGAAGGACAUCAGUAUCUGAUUCUUGAGACUCACACAAAACUCAGAGCUCCUCAAAUGAACAACGGAAACAACACUACCGUCAAUGAUCCAAGUCUUCAGCAUAUGAUGGACGACACAUCAGCAAUGUACAGUAGCAACCAAUUGGUAUUAGCUCAAAACCUGGACCAGCGCCCUACAAAUACGACGAAAGCAUAUCUUGCAAAGCAAGAAGAAUGGAGACAAUGGUGUCUCAAGAAAGAAUUCGGAGAUGGUGAACUUGUGAAUGAUCAGAAACUAAGCUUUUUCAUGAUGGAUCAUGUCAUGAAUAGAGGACACAUUCAUUAUGAUAAAAAUGUCGAAAUCGUCCUCUUUUUAUUAACAAAUUUGGAUUUUUUUUCGGGAAAUGAACCUAAUUUUUCGAAAAAGGGUAUCUCUACGCUCAAUCUCAUCGCACCAAAAAUAGCGAGAAUAAAACUCAGUCAGACUAUGGCCCACCAAAAAUACCCACUCAUUAUAUUCAAAAGUGAGCAAUUUAUAUAA